AUGGCUCUGUAUGCUAAAGUUCGACAAUUUUUUGGAGCACAGAAGUCGUUCCCACGAGUUCUGACUCAGUUUUCCGACCAGUCUUCUGUAAAGAUCCCGGAAACAGCACAUAAAUAUAAUCAGGAAUUGCGAC